AUGACGGAAUGCACACCAGCCAGUGCGCCAUUUCGUCAUUAUUUGAUCGUCCGAUCGGGUUUAAUUCAUGGUUAUUGUCCACUUCGGCUUGAUUAUCUAAAGGAUGUAUGGGAACGAAAAGCACAAAUAGAUGUUUGUUUAAAGGGUCUUGAUAAUUCUAAAGACAUAGAACAAGAAUUUUUAGAAGAAGUUAAUAAUCAACAUAAACAUGGGGGCGAUUCUGCAAUUGCAAUUUAUGGAAUAACCAAGAACCCAAAAGAUGCUAACUACAUGAUGGUUAUGGAAUACGCAAAGCAGGGAAGUCUCAGAAAAUUGUUAGAUAGUAAAUUUGGUGAAUUAGAUUGGUUUUCUAAA